AUGUCGAACAACUACAAGGUGAGUGCAGCGAUCGUCCUGUUUGCUCAGCCCGUCCAAUGUCCUCACAAUCCUUCCAACUUCAGGUCGCAGACAUUUCGCUCGCCGCCUUCGGGCGCAAGGAGAUUGAGAUUGCCGAGGUGAGUCGAUCACGAAAGUCAGCUCAAUGCACUUGUAUAGCAUCGCUCUGACCCGUGAACCCCUCCUGCACGCGCAACCUCAGACAGAGAUGCCGGGUCUCAUGACUCUUCGCACGAAGUACGGCAAAGACCAGCCACUCAAGGGCGCUCGCAUUGCGGGAUGCCUGCACAUGACCAUUCAAACCGCUGUGCUCAUCGAGACCCUUACUGCCCUUGGUGCGCAAGUUACCUGGUCCUCUUGCAACAUCUACUCAACCCAGGAUCACGCCGCUGCCGCCAUCGCAGCCACUGGUGUGCCCGUCUUCGCCUGGAAGGGCGAGACCGAGGACGAGUACAACUGGUGCAUCGAGCAGACCCUCAAGGCUUUCCCUGACGGCAAGGCUCUCAACAUGAUUCUCGACGAUGGAGGUGAUCUCACUUGGCUCAUCCACAAGAACCACCCUGAGCUCUUGGCUGACAUCAAGGGUGUUUCUGAGGAGACCACCACUGGCGUCCACCACCUAUACACCGCCUCCAAGCGCAAGACCCUCAAGUUGCCUGCAAUCAACGUCAACGAUGCCGUCACCAAGAGCAAGUUCGACAAUUACUACGGCUGCAGAGAGUCUCUGCUCGAUGGUAUCAAGCGUGCUACCGACGUCAUGCUUGGCGGAAAGAUCGCCGUGGUCGCUGGAUUCGGUGACGUCGGAAAGGGUUGCGCCGAGUCUCUGCGUGGCUACGGUGCUCGCGUCAUUGUGACCGAGAUCGACCCUAUCAACGCUCUGCAAGCUGCUAUGGCCGGCUACGAAGUCAACACUAUGGACGAUGUUGCCCCCAUCGCAAACGUGUUCGUUACCACCACUGGUUGCCGUGACAUCAUCACCUCCAAGCACUUCGAGAACAUGCAAGAGGACGCCAUUGUCUGCAACAUUGGUCACUUCGACGUCGAAAUUGACGUUGCUUGGCUCAAGAAGAACGCCAAGGAGGUCGUGAACAUCAAGCCUCAGGUCGACCGAUACACCAUGGCCAACGGCCGCCAUGUGAUCCUCUUGGCUGAUGGGCGUCUCGUGAACCUUGGUUGCGCCACUGGUCACCCAUCGGGUGUCAUGUCCUUCAGCUUCACUUGCCAGACCUUGGCUCAGAUUGAGCUGUGGAAGAACAACACGGAUGGCAAGUACGAGAGCGGAAAGGUUUACAUGCUGCCCAAGAUUCUGGACGAGGAGGUUGCCGCUUCCCACAUUGGCAAGCUGAACGUCAAGCUCACCAAGCUUACCAAGGUGCAGGCCGAGUACCUCGACCUCGACCCCAACGGCGCUGGUCCCUUCAAGCAGGAGCACUACCGUUACUAA